AUGCCCCAACCUACCCCGCCCCAUGAACCGCCAGAGGCGACGCCGCCAAGCCUCGACGCCCCUCCCUCCUCACACCCACCCGACCCCUCGGCCGCCCCAUCGGCGACACCGCAUCCCCGGCCGCCAUCUCCCGUGGAGCCGUCGUCCUCCACCGCUGAAGCCCAGUCCGCCUACAACGACCUGCGCCGUCUGAUCCCCUCGCUCGCUUCGGAGCUCGACCACCUCCGCGCCUCGCUGCGCGAACACAACGUCUGGCUCCAGCGCUACGGCCACGCCGGCACCGCCGUCCCCACCCCCGACGAGCUCGUCUUCCGCCCGCCUUCGGCCGAGCCCCCGCCCUCGGCCGCCUCCGCCGCGCCCUCGUCCGACCCGGACCUGCCACCAGCUUACUCGGCUUCAGACGUGCCGCCAUACACAGGUGGGCCGCGGCCGCCGCGCGCCGUGGUUGGGGGCGGCGGCGCAGCAGCAGCAGCGGAGGCCGCCUCGUCGUCGUCCUCUUCGGUAUCGCCGUACAGCACCAUCGAGGACGUGCGUGUGCGCCGCGACCAGCUCACAGGCUGGCUGGCUGAGGGCGAGGACGUGCUGCGCGAGUACUCGGCCCGCCUGGCGCAGCUGCGGGAGGAGCUGGGCAUGGCGCCCGACGACGCCGACGACGUCCUGGGCACCUGGAACGAGGCCGGCCCGGACAACGCCCUGCCCGACUACCAGGUUGUCGAGGAGCACGAGGACCGCAUGGUCGGCGGCGUCGGCGAGGUCCCGCCGCCCUACCUUGGCGGCGGCAUAGCGGGCAAAGGGUGGCGGGGGUAG